AUGGCAGAUUCGUCAUUGCUGGUAAGCAAUGGAAUCAAAGUGAAUGAAGAUGAAAAGGUGUCAGUUGAGAAAAUACUUAGUGCAGAAACAACAGAUAUGUCUUCUGCUGAUAAAAAUGAAAAAGAUAGUUUAACCAAAGUAGGUGACAUAGUCUCAAAAGAAGUCAAUGGACAUCAAAGCAAUUUGGUAGCUAAAGGGAAUAAUGAAAAAAAAAGUCCAGAAGUUGCAUUUAUUAGAAAUGCCAAUUCUGAAACUGGUGGAGAUAGUUUACCAGGUUAUGCUCAACCAACAGUUGCAUUCCAAUUGAGAAUCUCAUUAUGUCAUAGCACUACAGAUAUGUUCAAUGAACAACAUCUCCCAGUCUGCCAAAGAUACAGAUCUUCUUCACCAACAGCUCUCAGUACUUUUAUUAAAGAACAGAGAUCUCGUAGUGCUGAAACUAAACGAAACCAGGCAGAAAAAAUGAUAGAGUUAUCACAACCAAGUAAUACAUUGAAAAAAAAAACUUCCUCACUUGAUGUUUUGGCAAAUGCUAAAGAACCACAUCAAACGCCAGCAGCUAAAAAGUUACCAAGCAAACCAUCAACAGCACCAAAGGAUUCUCACAGCAGGGAUUCUUCAAGGGGAGGGAAAGAAACAACUGCAGCUGAACCAAAGAAAAGCAGGACAUUGGACAUUGCCAAAAAACAAAAACAAAAGGAAAUUAAAGAACCUGCUAAAUUUAUUUCUAAAGCUGCUAAAAAUUCCACAGAAAAUUCAGAAAAAGAAAAACCAGAUGAGGAAAAAAAACAAUCUGAUGAAUAUAAAGCUAAACUUUCCGAAAAAAGAAAGCAAGCAAGAGAAAAAGCUGAAGUUGAAAAAGAAAAACAAAGACUGGCUGAAGAGGAGCAAAAGAAAGCAGAAGAAAAAGCUCGGGAAGAGGAAGAGUUGAAACUAAUGGAAGAAUCAAGAAAAGCUGAAGAGGAAAGACUUCAAAAGUUUAUUCAUGAAGAAGACGAAAAAAAGAAAAAAGAAGCUGACAAGUUGGAAAAAGAGACACAAGAGAAAAAAAAGCUGGAAGGGCUAGCUAAAGAAGAUGCAGAAAGAAUUGAACAAGAAAGACAAAUAAAGAUAAAAAAAGAUGAAGAAGAGAAAUUAGAAAGGAAAAAGAGAUUAGAAACUAUAAUGAAAAGAGUUAAAACAGAUGAACCAAAUGGAAAACAGACAGAAGAAUCAGUAGAAACAACCAACGAAACGCUUGAUAAUGAAAAAAAAGACGUGACUGAAAAUGAGAACGCCAAAGAAACUGCCGAUAUUGACGAAACAACCAAUAGUCAAAAAGAAAAUGUGGAUGUUUUAGAGAAUAGUCAGUCUCCGCAGGUCGAAGUAAUACAAAACGGAGACUCUGACACCACAAAUGAAAACAAAGAAAUAGUUUCUAACGAUACUCAAAAAGAAUCGCGUGAUAACUCCAACACAAAAACAGAAAAAAGCGAAAGUAAGAAUAACAUGGCUGCUGAUUUGCCAGCCGAAAGUGUCAAUGUAGAGUAA